UAACCCAUUGGAGGCACUAUCUCCUUGGGAGGUUCUUCAUCGUCAGGACUGAUCAUCAAACCCUAAAGUGGAUGAGGACUCAGCCUGUGCUCUCCUAUGCGCUGAAACGCUGGAUCGAAGUCAUUGAGCAGUAUGACUUCGAGCCACAAUACCUCAAACGUGAGUGCAACAAAGUUGUUGACGAGCUGUCGUGUAGGCCAGACUUCUCCGGUGCGCUGAUCAUUGAGUUUGAGCGUGCAGACGAUGCCACUCGCUCUUUGGUGGAAGCCUAUCGCGAGGACCAGUUCAUGUUCGAGAUAAUACGCAGACUCGAGGCGAAGGACAAGGUGACUUCUGUCGAGUUUGAGUUGGUCAGCGGCUUGCUGUUCAUUGAGAAGACCGGAAAUAAACGUUUGUGUGUUCCUACUAGAGAGUCGUUGCGUAGUUUAUUUUUAGGUGAGAGUCACGAUGCCACGGGACAUUUUGGUUUCAAGAAGACUGCAACCAAUCUGUUGCAGCGGUUCUGGUGGCCCACGAUGAUGAGAGAUGCCAAGUUCUAUGUCAAGACUUGUCAAGUUUAUCAACGUGACAAGCCCCGGACACAAGCUCCUCUUGGGCUGCUCAAGCCCCUUCCCAUUCCGGAAAGGCCUGGUGAAAGCCUGUCCAUGGACUUCAUGGAUAUGCUAAUCACCAACAAGAGUGGCAUGAGGUACAUCUACGUCAUCGUGGAUAGAUUUAGCAAGUACGCUAGGUUAGUGGCCAUGCCGGAAACAACAAAGACCGAGUACGUUAUCAAGCUAUUUAACGAAAACUGGGUCAGAGAUUUUGGCCUGCCGAAGUCUAUAAUCAACGACAGGGAUGUCCAAUGCACCAGUGAACUGUGGAAGGCCGCAGCUGCCGAACAAGGAACGCAACUGCAGAUGACAUCUGGAAAUCAUCUAAAGGCAAACGGACAGGCAGAGCAAAUGAACCGCGCUGUUCAACACUUGCUAAGGAACUACAUUAAGCCUAAUCAAGUGGACUGUGAUGAGAAGCUUGCUCUCAUCGCCAACCUAUACAACAACACAGUUCAUAGUGCCACGGGAUUUCCCUCCUCCAUAGGAGAAGGUGCAAACUACGUCCUUCACAUAGUCCUGGACUACCAUGGAGUGGUUGUUGGCAAAGGUAUGGCUUCGAAAGGAGAAUCGACAAAAGAUAGUCCUAAUGGGGCGAAACAGCCACGAGUCACCAAGAACUAUUUGCUGCUUAGUGGCCAGCCUUCAGACACACAAUCGACUGUGAAAUCUCCCAGUGGAAAGACCCACGUCAAAGCUGAAACAUCAGGAGCAACAGGGACAACAACAGCGACAGUAGGAAAGAGUGGCGGAAGUGUUGAAACAUCAGUUGCAACAACAAUAACAACGGCAAGAGGUACAACAAGAGCACAGGGAAAGAGUGAGAGAAGCGGUGAAACAUCAGGGGCAGCAGCAACAACAAAAAACACAGCACCAACAAUACCAAAAGCUAUAGCAGCAGCAACAGGAACAACAUCAGGAACAACAACAGCCACAACAACAACAGUAGGUCAGGGUAGCAGCAACACUCAAGAUCAUGGCAAGGAUUCUGCCGUUAAUUCAUCAAAGGAUAAUGCAACUGGAGGCACUCAGUUUCUCCCUGGUCCAUAUUUGCGUGGAAAACAUGGUCAUGAUGUGGCACGCUCCCUCAAGCAAUUCGAAAAGCUGGUAGCACAUUUGCAGGCCAUGUCAGCAAGCUACGUCAGCAGUGACGCGUCAGCCGACAACUAUGCCAUGUCAGCAGUCGAACAACGCCACAUCAGCAGCAUAGAGUGCCACAACAGCAGUUCCUCCGCUUGGCCUAUGCUCACGCGCUCUCGAACAGCCGUCAUGGACCUGAAGCCAGGGGGAACGACCGAGGCCUUUCAGGCUCGGAUGCUGGUUUUGAUUACCGAAGCUAAGCAACGGUCGGAUGCGGUAGCAGCCGCGGAGAAGAAGAAGGCAGAGGAUGCAAAGACAACGCGUCUGCUGGCGGUGGAACAACAACGCCAACACGAUGAGGCAGCAGCAAAGGCUGCCCAUGAAGAAAGUACCAUGCGGCGCGAAAAGGUAUUCGGAGAGGAGAGAGUCUUACUCACUAUGCCAACGGAAUGGCGGAGCGAGGCCAAGGGUGGCGCAUUCAGCGACAUUGGACUCAAAAUCUCGUUGUUGCUCUCCCAUCUCACGAACUUCAUGGCGACGUGCAUUGCACAACAAGAGGACAUCCAUUCCCUCGACAGCGAGGUUAAGCAAGUCAACAGCCGCCUAAAGCAUCUGGAGCAACGACCCGUCGCCACCCCCGUCGUCAGCUGCUCCAACACUGCUGAUUGCCUCGACGCCUUGGAGAUCAACGUAGUAGUCUCCGAACUACAUACCAAGCUCAGCUGGGAGGGUUUGAAGGCGGCAUGGCGCAAGCGGUUCCAAAUAGAGCCAUCGAAACUCAAAGCAAUGGACAAGUUGCUGAAGUUCCACCAGAACACAUUGCCGAGCGGCGAUUGGAUUGCCGAGUUCCAACACUUGGCGUCCACGCCGAACAUACCGAUGGGCUUUAUGACCAUCAAACACUACUUCAUUUCGAGGUCGUGUCCGACAUUAUCCAACGCAUUGACUCAAGUUGCGGAGACUCCCACAACGACGGAGCUCUUCGACAAGACCGCGCAGAUCAUCGUCACGAACACGGAGGCCAAUAACCUUUACCGUGCGCCUGUGACAGGCCCGAGCAGAGACCAGCAUCGGUCGAAAGUGGCCAUGGUCGCGGCGGCAACGCCGACUGACCCUUCAAGCGAGGCCGCGUCUGCCAAUAAGGGGGACAGACUCGCAGCCACCCGGGAAGGUGACCGCCCCGGCAAAGGCUGUGGACGCGGCAGGUCGAAGACCAACACUAUGUCACACCCCGGGCCCGUUGCUGCAGCUCAAGACCCAUGGAACCACAAUGGUCUCUCGGAGAGCAUAUAAAAGCUACGCACGAGAUUCCGGUAUUGUUUGUGGUGCAAUAGUGACCUCCACGAAACAAUGGUUUGUCCUUUGAAAGC